GGGAAUUAGAAAGUAGAAAAAGAGAAGAUUAUUGUUCACUUGAAGGCAAAUUAGAAACUUUUAUUAUGAAGGAAAAAUAAAGAACGAGGUUUGUAGCUACACCUACUUGAAGUUGAUUAUUGGCGAAGUGCUACCAAUAGCAACCCAUUAGCCAUCACUCUUGUAAUGUCAUCAUCAUCUUAGCAUUUCCCCUUGCAAUUUUGAAUGGCAGAUUGAGAAAAAAUUUAGGAUCAACUCCCGAUCAGUUACCAACCUUCCUCUUUUUACUGGGCUCAUUGGACAGGCUAUGCUCGCUUUGAUAACACCCACAUGCCAAUAAAGUCUCACCAGGUAUUGACCCAGAGCCUAACUUCACAUGCAUGCCUCAAAGGGAAAAUAAACAAUUAGGGUGAUGGAGGAGCAGUUGUUAGGCAAACUGCUAGGCAGGAAGCAAUAACACACAUGAUAGGUCAUAUUUGAGUAGUUGCCUCUUCAAACAGUCAUUACUUCUUUUCAUAUACUUAAAAAUCAUUGCUUAGUAUUGAUCCUUUAGGAAAAAAAAGUGAAGUAUGAAAAGUUUUAAUGCCUUCAAUUGCUGACAAGAAGCCCUGUCCCAAAGCAUAAUUCAAAGUGGGAGCAACACCUAGUUACAAGGUUUGUGCAACUAUUGGUGCCAAUACAGGCAGAUGUAUCAUUUUCUAAGUUGUUGCUUCGUUAAGUAGCAGUUUCUAAAAAAUUAAUUGAGAGCAACAAUUAAGCAAUCUGUAAGAUAAAUAUUAUCAAGAAAUAGUUAAUAACACAGUAGGAAAUUAACUCAUUGAUAUUAUUACUAACUCAUAUAUUAUUUUUUUUUACAAACAUCAUGUUAGACUUCUUUUUUUACUCCGUUCCAAUUUUCUGUUUGAUUUUUUAUGUCCAGCGAUUCAGGUUCAUCGACGAAAGAAUUCCAUUGAUGCAUUGCUUGCCAAAUAGGCCGUCCUUGCACCCCAAAUGACAACCAAGGUGAAAGGCCUGAGAUAUAUUUCACAAAUAUUUGAUUCAAAUAUUAAAGAACCUGAGAUGCAGAUUGGUUUACCCACCAAAGUAAAACAUGUGGCCCACAUAGGGUGGGAUGGCCCCUCUGUAAAUGCCCCAAUUUGGUUGUUUUCCUGAAAUCAUGGUAUCUGUUUUGAUGAUGGAGUGACCCUACAAGAUGGAUUGGAUGUUAUACACACCAUGGAGCACGCCCUCUGUAUUCACCACGCUGACAUAUGUUUCCUGCCCUAGAUACCAUGAUUUCGGUAACCCAAGAGACCUCUUUGCUGAAAGAUUAUAAGAGGUUACUGAGAGAAAAUGCAAUGAAGUUUUUGAUGGAUGACAUGUACAGAAACCCUGGGCCUCUUCAAUUUGAUGGCCCGGGCUCAGAUGCCAAGUCUGUCACCCUGUGUGUUGAAGGUCAGGACUACAUAGGCCGGAUAAAGAAGCUGCAGGAGUAUCUCGAAAAGGCGACUUUCCCUGGUUUAUGGCUGUCCGACAUAAUGCCCGAUUCAUACAAUGUUCCUGAAGUUCAUGAGUCUCCAAAGUUACUGAUGGCCGGUAUCUUAGAGCGACAGUGGACCAAAAUGGAUUGCGCCCUGGUCGCCUUUACAUCACAGAUAGUGGACACGUGAUCCUGGCCAGUGAGGUUGGUGUUGUAGACAUCUGCCAGAAGAUGUGGCUAGGAAAGGAAGACAUCUGAUCGGUCCAGAAGGGGACCUUACCGAAACAGUUCAUGUGGAAAGCUAGGAAAGGAAGACAUUUGUAGUUUGUUUUGAAAACUUUAAAUAGACCAUUAAUUGUUUUGUUGAUAUUGUGCUGAUUGUUGUCUUAAUGAAUGUUAAAUGGGUGAAAUAUGCACAGGUUCAAUCA